AUGUGGUUCAACGGUAGCAAAUGGGAAUUUUUUGUCACUGCCCACACUUGUUACCGACUUACCGUCACCUGCCAGGUGGCCGGCAGUACCCCCGGCGGGACCCCCACCGGGGCCUUUGGGAGCGCACCAGUGGCGGCGGACACCCAGGCUCUGACCGCCAGCAGCUGCAGCGUUCCCGGCACUUUCGUCGGCACCGCCACCACCGCCACCGCCGUGACCUAUGCCGCGGUCACCACCGGUUCGCCGUUCACGGUGGCUACCAACGGGCAGAUCACCCUCAACCAGGUGACCUCCGGCACCCAGACGCUUGUUGUCAGGGCCACCAACGCGUACGGCAGCACGCAGUUCCAGGUGCAGAUCACCUGUCCAAGCAGCACCGCCGCGGUCUUCCCGGCCUUCACCUCGCCCCUGUACACCAUGUCGGCGUCACCCUGCACGGCUGGUGCCAUCGUCGGAAUCGUCACCGCGACCCCCACCGGCACCGUCAACUACCAACUGGUCUCCGCCGCCCCGGUCACCGUCAACUCCGCCCCCGGCCAGAUCCAGCUGACCUGGGCGCCCACCACCAGCCCCUUCAACUUCGCCGUCACCGCCAGCAACAGCCGCGGCACCACGGCGACGACGGUGACCCUGACAUGCACCAGCAGCUCCAGCGGGGGCACCACCACCAACCGCAUCUACUUCACGGUCCCGGUCGGGGUGGUGGGCGCCACCACGGCGCCGACGUUCACUAUCACCUCCACCAAUCCCGGGUACGCCAUCAGUCAAGCCGGCGUUAUCACCAACCCCACGACCGGCCCGGUGUCCGGGACGUACACCGUGCAGGCCACAGCCAACAGCGGCCAGACCGCCACGGCCUCCUUCAUCGUCAACCGGAUGUUCUGCACGACCAGCAGCGGCGGGACCACCGGCACCUGCCCGGCCUUCGCCCAGACGUCCUACACCUUCACCCCCGCUGGCGGGUGCGGCUUCUUUGCGCCCAUCGGCACAGUGUCGGCCACCUGCUCCACGGGGGGUGCGGUCACGUACUCGCUGCCCUUCGCCGCCGUCAACAACUUCGGCAUCGACCCCACUAGCGGGUCGCUGUACGCCACAGCCCCGAGCACCACCUGCCAGACGGUGACGGUGACGGCUACCGUGCAGGAUGGGACAUCACGGACCGCGCAGGUGGCCAGCGCCUGCAAUGGCGGCACCUGCACACCCACCACAG